GUUUUUGAGAUCGUAACAAUUACCCAAUUCGCAAACAUGAUAUCCGUCUUUUCUGCCGUUCGUGCCGCUGACGAAUCAGAUCGUCCAAUGCCAUAUUGCAUAUAGAAGUGAGACUCUAGCGACAAUGCGCCCGCCCAGCCCAUGAUCUCGCGUAAGCAGAAACAUGCGGCCGAUGUACCGGCAAAAAUGGGACCUCUCCAUUGGACUGAAAGGAGUGCUGUUAGAUGCGUCGUACAAUCCUGAUACUUUGCCCUAGACUACUGGUCAGCUCAUCUCUGCAGACGGAGCCAGGUUGGCCACCAUGUCCUGUCGGUGGGCACAACAACCGGAGAAACAAAAUUCGCCCAGGGGAUGAUUACGUUAGCUUUCAUCUGUCAGCCAAGAUAACACAAAGAGUGGUGGCAACUGAGCUCAAGCAGGGGGUGCAACCAGUUCGUGCGGUCGCGUCAACUCUGGGUGUCACUGGCAAGCAAGUAGGCAUGUUUUAUACUAGCCUAGAUUAUGGCGUUUUCAUAGCCCUAUUGUACAACAAUAGCUGGUUGUGGCUGUUCACCCAGCAGCCAUCGGCCAUCAGCCAUACUUGUCCGGAUCGCUGGCCUCGUAGGCCUCAAUACCACAGUUCAUCUCACUUUCACUCUGAAUGUUCCGAUCAUUCACCUCACUUUUCAAGUACAUUGGCCGACGAGGGUAUUAUCUUGGUUUAGAGCGAGCUCAAUGCUACAUUCAGCACCUUCAGUCCCCCAGGCAAGGGCGCCACUGGCGCCAUCACGUUCCUUGUUCUUAGGUGCUAAUGUAGUCAAGGCGAUGGUACACGGAUCAGAGCCUCAAAGCCCCCCGGAUACUCUCUUUCGGCUGGUAAGUUGUGGU